AUGACCGUCCGUAACUCGGGACUCGUGAAAUUGCAUUUGGAUUCUCGCCGCACCCCUCUGAAAGCUUCGCAUAUCGAUGGAUCAAAACUAAGCCAGAAAGUUCCUCAUUCUAUGACAAGAAAUUCUGACGAGCGCAAAGGGCCACCUUUGAGAUCUCGUCCAAUACUUCUACUUCAUUCUAUGACAAGAAAUUCUGACGAGCGCAAAGGGUCAUCUUUGAGAUCUCGUCCACUACUGCAGCAGCGCUUAUUCCUGACGCCCACGUUAUUUCAAGAAGUGAGAGGUGAUGGCGAAUGA